UAAAUCCUCUAUAAAAAGGUCAGCAUCUACAACAAACUUGCAUCACUAUCCAAAAGGAAAUGGGUAUGGAAUCAGUACCCAAGGUAUCGCCGACUCCAACCCUUGGCGCCGGCGGCCUGCACAACGGUGAUCAAGCUGCGGCUAAAACCUGGUGCGGCAGCGACUUUCAGAUGCCGCUGCAUUACCCAAGGUACACCGAAGCUGAUUACGAAGCCAUGCCUGAGUGGAAACUUGAUUGUUUGCUUAAAGAAUACGGACUACCCAUCACCGGCGACGUUGAGCAGAAGAGAAGCUUCGCCAUGGGAGCUUUUCUGUGGCCUCGUUAGCUACAAAAUGUUGUUUUAUGGAUCCCAAUUUUCCUCCUUUUAAAAAAAAUUUUAUGGAGUCUGAAAGGGCAUUGUGUUUAUGAUCUUUUGUUUAAUUUGAUUAUGAAAAUAUGGUAAUUUUGAGCUAUAUGUAUUUUAAAUAAAGUUUAGGUGGGUGUAAAAUUAUCUAUCAUAUUAGUUCGAUUCGCAUAGGUAUUGUUGACUAUAUAGGAAGACUAUGUAAGAAGACGUGAAUUCAAGUGCUUUGAAACAUAUUAUCUCACUGAUUUAUCAGUGAGUUGAGGAGGAAUUAUAGGUGAUUUUAAGCGUUGUCAAAUAAAACAAAUAAUAAUAUAGUCCAUUCACAAUGAGAAUAAAAAAUAUAUAUUUAUUAA